GUGUCACUGCGAGUGUGUGUGUGUGUGUGUUAAUAUUCUCUCCUCACCAUUCUUGAUGUUCCUAAGAUAUCAUGUAGUGGAGCGAAGGAAGAGUAGACAUGGGGCUCAGAGGAGUGUGUGUGUGUGUCUGUUUGUCUGUCUGUGCACGUGUGUGUGGUGGACUGUAAGAAUAUUGGGUUUAGAGAGCAGACAUGCUUGAUGGAGAGGGGAGGCUAAAGAGACGAGCGCUAGCGUGUGUGUGCAUUUUCUAUUUUUUAUUUCACCUUUAUUUAACCAGGUAAGAUCGUUGAGAACAAGUUCUCAUUUAUAACUGCGACCUGGUGUGUGUGUUAUUAAUUAUUUUUUAUUUAUAUAUAUAUAUAUACAUACAGUUCAAGGCGGACGUUUACAUACACUUAGUUUGGAGUCAUUAAAACUCGCUUUUCAACCACUCCACAAAUUUCUUGUCAACAAACUCUUGUUUUGGCAAGCCGGUUAGGACAUCUACUUUGUGCAUGACAGAAGUAUUUUUUCCAACAACUGUUUACAGACAGAUUAUGUGACUUAUAAUUCACUUAUCACAAUUCCAGUGGGUCAGAAGUUUACAAUACACUAAGUUGACUGUGCCUUUUAAACAGCUUGGAAAAUUCCAGAAAAUUAUGUCAUGGCUUUAGAAGCUUCUGAUAGGCUAAUUUGAGUCAAUUGGAGGUGUACUUGUGGAUGUAUUUCAAGGCCUACCUUCAAACUCAGUGCCUCUUUGCUUGACAUCAUGGGAAAAUCAAAAGAAAUCAGCCAAGACCUCCACAAAAAAAUGGUAGACCUCCACAAGUCUGGUUCAUCCUUGGGAGCAAUUUCCAAACGCCUGAAGGUACCACAUUCAUCUGUACAAACAAUAGUACAGAAGUAUAAACACCAUGGGACCACGCAGCGUCAUACCGCUCAGGAAGGAAGAAGCCACUAGUCCAAAACCACCAUAAAAAAGCCAGACUACAGUUUGCAACUGCACAUGGGGACAAAGAUCGUUUUUGGAGAAAUGUCCUGUGGUCUGAUUAAACAAAAAUAGAACUGUUUGGGCAUAACGACCAUCGUUAUGUUUGGAGGAAAAAGGGGGAGGCGUGCAAGCUGAAGAACACCAUCCCAACCGUGAAGCACGGGGGUGGAAGCAUCAUGUUGUGAGGGUGCUUUGCUGCAGGAGGGACUGGUGCACUUCACAAAAUCGAUGGCAUCAUGAGGAAAGAAAAUUAUGUGGAUAUAUUGAAGCAACAUCUCAAGACAUCAGUCAGGAAGUUAAAGCUUGGUCGCAAAUGGAUCUUCCAAAUGCACAAUGACCCCAAGCAUACUUCCAAAGUUGUGGCAAAAUGGCUUAAGGACAACAAAGUCAAGGUAUUGGAGUGGCCAUCACAAAGCCUUGAUAGAACAUGUGUGCGAGGAAGGAGGCCUACUAACCUGACUCGGUUACACCAGCUCUAUAAGGGGGAAUGGGCCAAAAUUUACCCAACUUAUUGGGGGAAGCUUGUGGAAUUCUACCCAAAACGUUUGACCCAAGUUAAACAAUUUAAAGGCAAUGCUACCAAAUACUAAUUGAGUGUAUGUAAACUUCUGACCCACUGGGAAUGUGAUGAAUGAAAUAAAAGCUGAAAUAAAUCACUCUCUACUAAUAUUCUGACAUUUCACAUUCUUAAAAUAAAGUGGUGAUCCUAACUGACCUAAGAUGGAAUUUGUACUAGGAUUAAAUGUCAGGAAUUGUGAAAAACUGAGUUUAAAUGUAUUUGGCUAAGGUGUAUGUAAACUUCCAGACUUCAACUGUAUACACUACCGUUUAAAAGUUUGGGGUCACUUAGAAAUGGCCUUGUUUUUGAAAGAUAACUGAUUUUGUUUUGGGAAUUUUUAAAGUAACAUCAAAUUGAUCAGAAAUACAGUGUAGACAUGGUUAAUGUUGUAAAUUGCUAUUUGUAGCUGGAAACGGCAGAUUUUUUAAAAUGGAAUAUCUACAUAGGUGUACAGAGGCCCAUUAUCAAUGACCACUCACUCCUGUGUUCCAAUGGCAACGUUGUGUUAGCUAAUCCAAUUAGCUAGUUUUAAAAGGCUAAUUGAUCAUUAGAAAACCCUUUUGCAAUUAUGUUAGCACUGCUGACAACUGUUGGUCUGAUUUAAAGAAGCAAUAGGAAGGGUCUUUCUUUAGACUAGUUGAGUAUCUGGAGCAUCAGCAUCAGCACACUCAUGUACUUGUCGUCUUGCUCAGUUGUGCACCGGGGCCUCCCACUCCUCUUUCUAUUCUGGUUAGAGCCCGUUUGCGCUGUUCUGUGAAGGGAGUAGAACACAGCGUUGUAUGAGUUUGUUUCUUUUCUUUCAAAAACAAGGACAGUUCUAAGUUACUCAACUUUUGAACGGUAGCGUGCAUGUGUGUUUGUGUCAGAGGAGGCUGGUCGGAAGAGCUAUAGGAGGACGGGCUCAUUGUAAAGGCUGGAAUGGAAUUAAUGGAACUGUAUUAAACACAUCCCAAAAAUAUGGAAACCACAUGUUUGCCUCCGGUCCAUUGAUUCCAUUCCAGACGUUACAAUGAGUCCGUCCUCUUAUAGCUUCUCCCACUGUGUGUCUCCCUUGGUCUCCAGUGUCGCAGUGCUCCAGGAGGGCUUUGCAUUUUUAAUCGAUGCUGACUGUAGUGAUUAACACUGCUGUUCUACACACGGAUGCAAAACAGAGGGAGGACAAGGGAGAGAGUGAGAGGGAGUGUUUUUGAGGUUAUUCCUAUUUACACGAAUGAACAUUACAAAUGGACGCUCAAAUCAAUGAACUGCACAUCAAGGCCACCAAUUAAAUACGAGAGCCGGCACUGGCUGAUCAAUGUUUGCAAAGCACAUAGCCUCUGCGUGACAUCAUACAUUUAGAACAAAAAACAGGAGAUUUCCCUGUCUGUUGCCCUGUAUAAUCAUGUUGUUGCUCUGUACAAGCACUGAUACGUUUGCCACAAUAAGCCAUUUCAAGAGACCUAUGGUUUGUCUCCUUCUCUCUCAUAUCUUUCUCCGCCCACCAGUGUUGCAAUUUGCAUAUUAAUGAACCAAACAGUGCACUCUAUUUCCUACUUCCUGAUUCUCAGAGAGCGAGAGAAAGUGAGGGAGUUCCGAUCCAGUUUUGUUUCAUUAUAUUCCCUGUUGUUCUACACCUUUUUUUCACACUCUUCUCCUUGUUUCUUUCUCUUUGCACGUGUCCAGUGUGUCCAUGCGUACGGAGGGAGGACUGAAGGCAGCUGUUUUCAGCAGAGCAGAGACCUACAACAUGUGAGAAGAUGUCUGUUGGAGGCUGCGCUUGCCCGGGCUGUUCGUCUAAGUCGUUCAAGCUGUACUCCCCCAAGGAGCCCGGCCCUAACGGCAGUGCCUUCCCCCCCUUCCACCCCGGCACCAUGCUGGACAGGGACGUAGGGCCAACACCAAUGUACCCCCCGUCAUACCUAGAGCCUGGCAUGGGGAGACCAACACCAUACGGCAACCAGACAGACUACAGGAUAUUUGAGCUCAACAAACGGCUACAAAACUGGACAGAGGACUGUGACAAUCUCUGGUGGGAUGCCUUCACCACAGAGUUCUUUGAGGAUGAUGCCAUGCUCACCAUCACCUUUUGUCUGGAGGACGGGCCUAAACGAUACACUAUCGGCCGGACAUUGAUCCCGCGGUACUUCCGGAGUAUCUUUGAAGGCGGCGCCACUGAGCUGUUCUACACAUUGAAGCACCCUAAAGAGUCCUUCCACACGAACUUUGUGUCUCUGGACUGUGACCAGUGCACCAUGGUUACACAGAACGGCAAGCCCAUGUUCACACAGGUGUGUGUGGAGGGCCGUCUGUACCUGGAGUUCAUGUUUGACGACAUGAUGAGGAUCAAGACGUGGCAUUUUAGCAUCAGACAACACAGAGAAGUCCUGCCUCGCAGCAUACUGGCCAUGCACGACCCUCAGAUGCUGGAUCAGCUGGCUAAAAACAUCACAAGAUGUGGCCUGUCCAACUCCACACUCAACUACCUCAGGCUGUGUGUGAUCUUGGAGCCGAUGCAGGAGUUGAUGUCCAGACACAAGACCUACAGUCUGAGUCCCAGAGACUGUCUCAAGACCUGCCUCUUCCAGAAGUGGCAACGCAUGGUGGCCCCACCAGCUGAGCCAGCCAGACAAGCGCCCAACAAGCGGAGGAAAAGGAAGAUGUCUGGCGGAAGCAACAUGAGUGCUGGUGGAGGAAACAACAGCAAGAAGAAGAGUCCUGCAAACAACUUUCCUCUCUCCACACAGGUACCUGACGUGAUGAUGGUGGGCGAGCCCACACUGAUGGGAGGGGAGUUCGGAGACGAAGAUGAACGUCUGAUCACGCGGCUGGAGAACGGCCAGUUCGACACGGCCAACGGAGCGGGGGGCCUGGAGGAUGAGGACAGUUUUGGUAGCUCGCCUGCUCUGGGGGGUGCACACUCCCCCUGGAACAACAAGACGCCCAGCAGCCAGGACAGCAAGAAUGACGCACAGUAGAGCCACAACCAUAAACCCUAACUCACCACCCAGAUACGCUACUCAUCUACCUGCAAAAUGAAUCCCACUCACGCUCUCUCUCGCACAUGCUCAGUGGUGCUCAACCCCGGCCCUCUUCCCCUUGCUCAUCAGUGCUAGGCCUGACUCUGUUCUGUUUGUGUGUGUGAGGGAGGGAGCCUGUGCUUACUGGUCAGAGUGUUUGAGUCAUAGCUGGGUUCGGCCGUCUAUGAUCAGUGCUAGCCAUGUUGGCCAUUUUGCUGGCGGACAUAUUGGCGGGUUCUUGUUCCAACCUCGGGUCUCUGGGUGUGUUGCCUUGACAGCGUACCUCUAUUUCUGUUGUGCUCACCUCACAGGGAAGGAAUACUUAGUUUUAUUUAUUAUCUCUUAGAUUUUAGCAGAGUAAAACGUAUUGUGUGCACUACAGCAUAAAUCCAACGUUCAGUUUUUAAAAACUAAAUUAUUUGUUUUGUAGGACCUGGUUGGAACAAAAACCUGUACACUGCCGGAGCUUGAGGACCGGAGUUGAGAACCGCUACGCUAAACCUAAAACACACAACACAACACGCAUGCAACACAUGCAUACAUACACACACACACACAACUCGCUCGCACGCACACACACGCAGACACUCUGAGGUACUGGAGAGAGGUCCUACUUCCCCACCUGGACCAGAGCACCAGGCCAUACAGAAGUGGGUUUUAAUUUUCUAUGUUUUUAGUUUGAUUUAAAUUUUUUAUUUUUAUAUCAAUUUCUAAAAAUGAAACCGAUGAGCAAACAAAUAAAUGAAACAAAAAUGCACCCCAGAAUAUUCUUUACUGUUUUCCACUAUCGUCAAUCUAUAUUUCUUAUGAAUUGAUGGUGUAUUUUGUUCUUUUUAUUAUGGCUUAUAUAAAGAAAUUGUAAAGCAUCAGAAACCUGUGACUGGAGAGGAGAAUCUACGGUAUGUAACUGUAUAAAUAUUACUGUUAGAUCAUUUGUAUUAUUGUCAUUAAGAUACUACAUCUAUGUAAUAUUGAAUUGUCUAUGCCUGAUACAGUAUGUUGCCUGUCAGUGUCAGACAUGGCAAUGACAUUAUAACGAAUCCCAGUGAUUCGCAUCUGAAGGGAAAAGCCACCUCUUUUAAUGUCCAAGCCUGCCCCUUAAAUGGCACCAUAUUCCUUGUGAACUACUUUUGACAAUGACCCAUAGGGCUAUGGUCAAAAGUGGUGCACUAUAUAGAGCAGUGGUUCUCAACUGGUUUGUCCUGGGGACCUAAUUUGAACCAGGUCUGUCGCGGCCCAGUAUUUGCAUUGUGUUGUUUGUUGUUGCCAAAAUGCAUACUAUUUUCAAUGCUAUAUUGAUAGUAAAUGUAUCAAUUAUAUGACAAGGGAACUGCAGUCCCACCUAAAUGUUUCAAUUUUGCCCCUAUUCUUGAAGAAUGUUAAACUCACUUGUUUGAGAUGACAAAAUCAACCCAAUCUGCUAAAUAGUGCUGCUAAUAACUCUAUACUGAAAAUACUGUGGUUUUAAGACAAAUAGUUGAGAUGAAAUUAAAUAUAGGUUAAUUAUAAUUGUUUGUUGUUUAACUUCAGACUUGAGGAUGUAUUUUAUUUUUUAACUCAGACACUCAUUCGACCCAUUCAAAACCUCACGAGACCCACCAGUUGAGAAUCGCUGAUUUAGAGGAUAGAGGGUGCCUGUUGAGAUCCAUCCUAACUCCCUGUCUACUUAUCUGCUCAGUACCUCAUGUCCACACCUCAGACAGUACAGACACGUAUUUUCUCUCUCCGAUAUGUUACGAAAACUUUUGAAGACAAUUUUGGCACGGCAUUGUAAGAUAUAAGAAAACAACACAUUUUGUAUUGGCUUGCGUUUCCCAAUAAUUUGUAAUCACUAUUUUUGAAAGCUACAAACCAAGAAGCUACUUUGCAAGAUCCUUUUAAAUAUUGAUCCCGAAUAUGCUAGUUGUUUGUAUUAAGAAUAAUUUUGUGCGCUUUUUCCUCUUAUGUUUUUGUGUCUUUGUGCUUGUAUAUUUAAGGUAGUUUCUGUAUAAUUGUUAUUCUACGUAUCCUUCCUUAGAUCAACACCCUAUGGCAUCUCUCCAAUGUAAAGAUACAUUUUUUUUUCUCCAUUUAAAAAAAAAAACUGUUUGGAAAUUACAUUCAAGGGUACAACCACCAUUCACGAGAGCUGACUAUGAAUUUUUGUUCUACAUACAAUUUAUUUAUUUUGAUGCCAAUAGCUAGGUUUCCAUCCACUUUGCGACGGAUUUUCAUGCGAAUAUUCUAAAAUCUGCAUAAAACUAUAUGCGCAUUUUCCUACCAGCGAUGUUUCCAUCAAACUGACUUUUUGCUCAUAAAAGGCUUUGCGCGAUGACGUAGUAGACAAAAACUAACUUUUGCAGUUAAUUCCCAUGUAUUCAAGUUCAAUUGGUUUCCAUUACAUUUUCAACUCUACUAAUGGUUUUGUCACAAACAUUGUUGCGUUUAUAUAGCAAAUGUGCACGCUCUAGUUUUGACACGUGCACUCUAGCCAACAGCUCACAGAUAGUGCGGGUAGGCUACCUACAUAAGAUGAUUAUGGAUAAGAGCGAUUUUUAUUAUUUUAUUGGUUAAACUGCAGCCAAAUAUCUAUCAUUUCACCAGAAUAAGACUCAAUAUUUAAUGGAAAGGAGCAUCAAGUUCAUCACUUUGCACAUUCACCACCCUAUGAAGUUCAUUUAUUUAAUCUGAAGCCUACUUUAAACUGCAUGGUUUCCCGAGUUGUAGUGGGAGAACCAUAUACCAUAUCAUCGCGUGACUCCCAAGUUUACUAAAAUAUUAUGGUUAUUAUAUCAAUAUUUGCGCAUUACGGUGUUUCACCCCCAUUGCACAAUUCAUUUUAGAGACACAAAAAGAUGCCACCAUAAAAUUGUACCAGCAUUUCCUGUUUCCAUCAGCCCUGUCAAUAAUUUUAUGCGUCAGGUAAUUCAUCUGCAUGAAAUGGUUGGAUGGAAACCUGGUUAAUGAGUUUGCAAGUUCAUGUACAAUAUCUAUGCCUUUGCCCCCAAUGUCAUUUUGUAGGCUUUUCUGGCUGUCAUCUCAACUAUACCUCACAUUUUCAAUAAAUGACCCCAAUAUCACGAUCAACAGUCAGAUGUCUGAAAAGACUAGAGAAUUACAUUAUUUUCACAUGCUUUUCCAUACGUUCCUCAUAGGUAACUUGACAUGAUUUCCAGUCAAGUCAAUAGGAAGAAAUCACCAUAGGGGGAAAAAAGAUUAUAGAAAAAGGACUACUUAAAAAAAAAAAGUAAAAUCCAUCAGGACCUAAGUUGAACGAGUAAUGCAUUUCUCGCUCUCUAUAUAUUAAUCUUUAACGCUGCAUUGUUGAAAGACCUGUAAGUAAGCAUUUCACUGUAAGCCUACACCUGUUGUUUAGGAAGCAUGUGACAAAUAAAAUUUGAUUUGACAGUGA